GCCCACCCACAGCCAUGGACGGAAACAAGCACAUCUGCGGCAUCAAAAAGUCGAGCAUUUUCCGCAAAAAUAAUCUAGUUGAGACCCAGUUUGCUGACCUGGGACGGUCGGAAGAUGGAGAUUACAUUCGACGCCUGGCCUACUGCAAGAUCGAGGGGCCGCAUAGGCCGGGGCUGAUCUAUGUGCCUGGAUAUUUUGCACGAAUGAACAUCGCCAAAGCCAACAUUCUGGAAGAGUUCUGUGCGAUGCACGGUCAUCCAUUCGUCAAGUAUGACUCGGAAGGUGUCGGGCAGUCCAAGAUGCCCGACUCAGCACAGUUGAGUUUCAAAAAGUGGUACGAAGACGCCUGCUAUGUGAUGGAACAUCUCACCGAUGGACCCCAGAUGAUCAUAUCAUCCAGUAAUGGAGCGUGGAUGGCCACUCUGUUAGCUGUAAAUUAUCCGGAGCGAGUCCACAGCCUGCUACUGAUUGGUUCGGCCGUAAACCAGUGUCUCGAUGAUGACGUCUUCGAGAACAUCGUCUCCUCGCUGGACGAAGAGACGGCAGCUCGGGUACGCGAUGGUAAACCGAUCCGUUUCAAAGCUAACUGGGUGGGCGAAGUAACCGCCUCCAGACACUUUCUCGAUGAAAUGAAGGCGGUGCGACUGAACGAAGAGCAGCUCGGCAGUAUCCGCUGUCCCGUGCGGAUUGUCCAUGCAAUCGACGACACCUCCUCCCGUUGGGAGAACACCAUACAACUGAUGGAAGCCAUCGGACACGAUGAUGUCCGCAUCUACCUCAAGAAGAGAGGCAACCACCGAAUGUUGGAUGACGAGGAUCUGCACCUGCAGAUCAGGGCGGUGGAGGAGCUGCUGGAAAACUACCCGGUUCCGGACGGUCCGGCGGGCACCAGCAGACUGUAGAGGUCAUCCGAGUGUCGGUAGAUUUCACCGGAGGACGGUGGAAAGAUCGAUGGAAGUCUGUAAAGAUCAUCCAUGGAGUCGCAACUCAAUAGAUCCUUUGGAGGAUGGGGUUGAAGUCAAUGUAGAUGCAUGUAGAGAUCACCUAUUGGAGUCGAAUUUCGAUUGGUUACUUUAUAGGAUAGGGUUGAGGCAGUGUAGGGCUCUGUAGAGGUCACCAUUGGAGUCGAAUUUCGAUAAGCUACAAUAGAGGAUAGUAGCGGUCAGUGCGGGUAGAGGUUGGUAGAGGUGUACUGUAGGUACACUGAAGAUAUGAUUAAGUAUGCCGCUGUUCGGUAGGUUACCUCAGAGCGCGAUGGUGCAGCCAGCGUGUAUAGUGUUAGUGUACCUAUAUGAUGCAAUGUUAAUAGGCUGACUUGCCUGACUGAAGAGCGUCACUGUUAUCAUGGUCGUCAGACCUGAAAGGCAGUUAGCAUGCCAGGAACAUGCUGUUAAUAUGCUGUUAAAGUGGUUUGCUGUACUGGUUUGGUACUCCUAUUUAGGUAUCCAUUUUGUUCAUUUUUUGGUGCCAUUUACCAGUCUGAGUUGCUCGGUUUCUUGUAAUGAAGCCUUAUUAUGGGUUCAGUGCAAUGUAUUUGGUAUAUUUGUAGAUAUAUAAUAUCGUGUUAAAGGGACUAUCCCACCUUCUAAAAUGUUGUUAAAACCAGUUAAAUUGUGCCCGACUUUAUAGAUUGGAUG